GGUUUGGAUUGUACUACUUUCGCGUUCCAUCAGCCCGGGCAAUCGGGAGUGGCGGCGGCUGUACUGUGCGGCCGGGAAGGAGGAGGCGGAGGAAGAAGAGGAGGAGGAGGAAGAGGAAGCAGAAGCAGAACUAGAAGCAGCAGGGGAGAGGCAGGAAGCAAGCAAGCAAGCAGCCAACAGUGAGCUCCAUGGUCAUCUGAUCUCAGCCCCGCGUCCGGCAGGGAGAGAGGAGAGAGGGCAACCAGCAGCAGCAGCAGCAGCAGCAAGACCUGCCUGGCCUGGCAAUUUAAGCUCUCCACACGCCUCUCCUCUUCCUUCUCUUUACAAAAUCCCACCUUCUCUCUCUCUUUCUUCCCUCGCAAUGCAUCCUGCGCUCCUUCCUAUACCGCGUUCUCUCCUUCCCCGAUCUUGCAUUCACUCCUACUAAAGUCCUUUGCAACUCGUCCUCUCGCGCGUCCCUUCCUUCCCUUUAUUUCCUCUCUAUUCUUUCUUUCACAGCUUCCCCCCUCUGUGACAUUCCCCCGUCUCUCAUUUAUUAGGGCGGAAAAGGCUGCCUGAGCUUUUGGGAAACUUUAAGGCCAGCGGGCAUAUAUUUCUUUGGUGGAAAUAACCUGCUUUGUUUUUUCCUUUCUCUCUUCUCCGUCAGCUACUUGUGUUCUGCUUCUUUCUUCCCUAACCUCCUGCCCUUUAUCUUGUGCUCUCUUUCCACCGCUGAAAAUACAUGUCAGAUUCUGGUUAGUGUCACCUUUUCUUCCUAUUUUUUUUUUAGCGCACAUCUGGACAAAGAUACUCGAUCCUUUCUUCUCUUUCUGGAGUGAUGUUUGGUGGUUGUUCAUUUUUUUUUAAUAGCUAGGUCUUAAUUCUCACUUUUUGUUAUGCUUUUGGACGAACUGAGAAUUUUGGGAGUGUGAGUUCUGUUUCCCCCUGUUGGAUACUGGGAUCAAAAGAGGAAGAAAAAGGAAACAACCCCUCUCUAUUCUCCCCUUUCUUUCCCUGAAGGACUUUGCCCUCUGGAAUUCUAUUCUUCACAAAUUGCGACACUUUCUGGCACCCAACCUUUGGAUAUAAGGAAAAUUACCCUUUGUGGAAGAAACAGUCCAUCACUUCCUCCUACUUAUUUCCCCCCCCCCCUCCAACCAACAGAAGUGCAGCUGAGAUUUUGAUAAACUGGAUUGAACCAAUGUGUUGCAUCUGAGGAUCACAUGCUUAAGAAACAAAAACAGCAAAAACACAUCUUAUACAGCUUCUUGGCAUCAUAGGAAGGAACUCCCUUGUCAAAGAGAGCUGUGUGGCUUUUUCUUUUCAUUUCUUUCUUUUUAUUUGAAAGAAGCAAAGCUUUUGGAAGUAGAGGUUGCACCUCUUCCCGCCCCCCUCUGAUCCAAAGAUACACUUGGCACAAAUACAACCUCCACAUUUUUAUAAGACACUUCUGAAGAAAAAGAGGGUGUCCUUGUUUGUGCUCAACACGAUCCUGCACCGGGAGUGAUUUCAGGAUCUUGGAAAGCAGGAAGGAAACGAUAAGACACUGUCAUGCUGGACGUUAUGUCCCGAUUAGCAGCAAUGAGGCUUUAAAGCAGAACAGAUUUCCCACUGGAAAGUGCGGGAGUGGUGGAGAAUCCCGGAAGGAAGGAAGGAAGCCUGGCAGAAACAGGAGGAGGAGCUGACCUAGCACAUGAAUGGCUGCCAAGGAUUAUGACCACUUGUUCAAAUUGCUCAUCAUUGGGGACUCUGGAGUUGGAAAAAGUAGUCUCCUGCUCCGAUUUGCAGACAAUACUUUCUCCGGCAGCUAUAUCACAACUAUUGGGGUUGAUUUCAAAAUCCGGACACUAGUCAUCAAUGGAGAGCGAGUGAAACUGCAGAUCUGGGACACUGCAGGACAGGAACGGUUCCGGACCAUCACCUCCACGUAUUACCGUAACACUCAUGGUGUCAUCAUCGUGUAUGAUGUGACAAACCCCGAGUCUUUUGUUAAUGUCAAGCGCUGGUUACACGAGAUUGGGCAGAACUGUGACACCGUCUGCAAGAUUUUAGUGGGUAACAAAUGUGAAGAUCCAUCACGGAAGCAAGUGGAAACAGCCGAUGCGCGGCGGUUCAGUGAGCAGAUGGGAGUGCGGCUCUUUGAGACCAGCGCAAAAGAGAACGUCAAUGUUGAAGAGAUGUUCAAUGCCAUCACAGCCAUGGUGCUCCGAACCAAACAAGAGAACCUGGCACGACUCCACCAGCAAAAUGAGGUCGUCAAAAUCAACAAGUCCAAAAAGAAACCAUCUGUCAAGAAAUGCUGCUGAAGGGAUAACCUCUGCAUUCUCUUCUCCCACCCCACAUUCCAACAAGGACUGGACUGAGUGGGGGCAGGGAUGUGUGCUAAAAAAAGCAGCCAUGUGUGGGAAUCUUUGUGGGAGGGGCACAAGAGUCUGUGUGGAUGCUGACAACACUGGAAUUGUGCUCCCUGCCCCCCCCCCCGCCCUUAGGGAGGUAAUGUUACUGGGAUGGAGCAUCCAUGUAAGCACUGAAAUCCCUCUUCACUUUUGGCAGGGUGGGGGAAGGGCUGCAUUUGCAAAAAUGGGGGCUGGGUAGAUUGAAGAACAUUGAGCAUUAAACUCUUCUGCUGAAACAAAUUGUAACAAGGUGAUGAGUAGGAUGGGGACACAGAUGAGUUGGGGAGGUAUAGUCUGUUCCCAACAUUUGCAGUUCUGCCUUGAAACUUUUCAUUUGUUACUUUUACACAUACACACAUAUAUAUACACCCACCUAUGUGGCCACUGCAGUGCAGUCCAAAUAUAAAAAUGUUGGUUGCUCUAGGAACAGCAGUGGUGGGGGAAAUGGUGGGCAUUAACUUCUUGGAGAGUACCCUACUCUGUAACUACACUCUGACAUAUAUGUUGAAGUGGGGGAAAUCUUGAGGAACAAGUCAUAGCAAUACAUUUAGCAAUUGUUUGAAUUGCCCGUUUUCUUAACUCUUUAGGCUUGGUUGGAAUUCAGUCUUUAGAUGUGGCUUAGAAACCAGGAUGUAUUCCUUUCCUGCCAGAAUCUGGAAUAGGAUCAUUCAUCUUUGUUGCUGCUGUAAACCCCAGGUCUCUGAGAGAACAGCUAUAUAUGUUCACCUCCAAAUAGGAUUGGGGCUAUAAAAAGUAAUUUUUGAUAACCUCCCUACCCCAUAUCUGAAAUUGUGAUUGGGGUGCCAUUCUAUCUGCCCAGUCUCCCUCUUGAAACUGAGGAACUAAUUGGAUGUGUGUGUGUGUGUCGGGGGAUGGGGUGGGGUGGGGAGGCAAUAAUCCAAACUAGACUAUAUCUGAAUAUCUGGAGCUGGUAGAUGAUCUCCACUCUACAACCCACAACUUGAGUGGGGCAUAACGGUGAAAUCUCAUCUACCCCUCCCUCUUUCUUUAACUGCAAGGAUCCUGACUGUGCAAUAUGUUUGCUCUAUGAAUUAUUUUAUAUACACAAAUGUAUAUAAUUAAAACAUCCUUGUUUUAACCCACUGCUAAUGGCAUUAAACUCAUUAAGGAGACACCACUAUUCAAUAAAGAACAUUUAGAUAUGAAA